UCCCCCUGUGAGCACCGACCGAUCUCCGGUGCUAGGCGAUCAUGGCGCUGCUGGAUGUGUGCGGAGCCACCCGAGGGCAGCUGGAGGACUGGGCUGUCCCCGCCGCGGGGAGCCGGCAUCGCUCGGACCCUGGUCACUACAGUUUCUCUAUGCGAUCUCCAGAGCUCGCCCUCCCACGGGGAAUGCAGCCCACUGAGUUCUUCCAGUCCCUGGGUGGGAACGGAGGAAGGAACGUUCAGAUUGAGAUGGCUCAUGGCACCACCACCCUCGCCUUCAAGUUCCAGCAUGGGGUGAUUGUGGCCGUGGAUUCUCGGGCCUCGGCUGGGAAUUACAUAAGCGACUUUAUGGUGAACAAGGUGAUUGAGAUUAACCCUUACCUGCUUGGCACCAUGUCUGGCUGUGCAGCGGACUGUCAGUACUGGGAGCGUCUGCUAGCCAAGGAGUGCAGGCUGUACUAUCUGCGGAAUGGGGAGCGGAUCUCAGUGUCAGCAGCCUCCAAACUGCUCUCCAACAUGAUGUGCCAGUACCGGGGCAUGGGCCUCUCCAUGGGCAGUAUGAUCUGUGGCUGGGACAAGAAGGGACCUGGACUCUACUAUGUGAAUGAAAAUGGGACACGGCUCUCAGGAAGUAUAUUCUCCACUGGUAGCGGGAACACCUAUGCCUAUGGGGUCAUGGACAGCGGCUAUCUGCCCAAUCUCAGCAUCGAAGAGGCCUAUGACCUGGGCCGAAGGGCUAUCGUUCAUGCCACCCACCGCGACAGCUAUUCUGGAGGUGUUGUCAACAUGUACCACAUGAAGGAAGAUGGCUGGGUGAAAGCGGAAAGUACGGAUGUCAGUGACCUGAUGCAUCAGUACCGGGAGGCCAGUCAGUGAUGGUGGCGGCAGCUGGGCAAGCCUCUGGAGAAGCCUGGUCAACUUAGGGACCUGGGCCAGUUUCCACCCCAGGAGAAAGAGGGGCCUACUCUGACUGAGCCCAGAGAUAGAGAACCAACGAGGGCCACUGGGAGGUGCAAGGCAGAGUUUACCUUUUGUGUGUUCUCUGUCUCAACUAGCAUUCCCCCACCCCAACCUCCUGGGUGCCCCACUAAGCACAAUAAAGAGGUAACGGUUAUAAA